AUUAAAGCGGAUAGUAGUCCGUCCAACGACAAUUGGGUAGCUGACGUCACUGCCGGCAGAUUGAACGGCCAGAUUUCCAUAUCCUUCUCACUCCGAUCUUUUCCAUCGUCUGUCGAUCAUUACCCGCAUCGACAGCUCCUACUUCCAAUCUCUCUCUCCACCACCUCCGGACCCGAACCCGUCCCUCAUGAACCGCCGAACCCGUACCCACGCCCCGGCUGGCCGCGAGGACUGUUGGAACGAAGCUGACACGGAGGCACUAAUAACGGCCUGGGGCGACCGUUACCUCCAUUUAAACCACGGCAUCCUCCGUCAGAAAGAGUGGAAGGAGGUGGCUGACGCCGUUAAUUCCACUCAAAAUGGCGGCGUCAAGCCGUCCAAGACAGACGUCCAGUGCAGGAACCGCAUCGACACGUUGAAGAAAAAGUACAAGCUGGAGAAGUCGAAGUCCGGCCCGUCCAAGUGGCCCUUCUACCGCCGCCUCCACUCCCUUAUCUGCUCAACUCCCUCAAACGCCGCCGUAUCUAUCGAAUCAAAACCCCCAAUCCUCGCUCUCACUGGCAAAUCCCCCGACCCAAGUCCGUAUCCCCUCGAAGGGUCUCGCCGCGACGACGGUGGUGAUGAGGCGGCGGGGUUAUCGGUUGGAGCGGUGUGCAGGGAAUUGGCGAGGGCAAUUUCGAGAUUUGGGGAAAUGUACGAGAGGAUUGAGAAUUCGAAGCGGAAGCAGAUGAUGGAGCUGGAGAAGCAGAGAAUGGAGUUCGACAAGGAGCUCGAGUUGCAGAGGUUGAAUAUGUUCAUGGAUGUUCAGGUGGAUCUCGGGAAGAAGAUGAAGCUCCCCACGUACUCACAUUCUUCAGGUCCCGCCAUUGCUGAGAGCUUCAUGAGUAGUUUCUUGGUUAUAUUUGACCGUUAAGAAUUACUGCAAUGUAAACAAUUAUAAUACCUUUUGAUAACUAUUCUGUCUUUCGAAUUUUAGAUUCUCGAUUUCUUCUA